AUGGACUCUUUCCAGAUUUAUUCCUACUCCCCUAACUUGGGCGGUACCUUCGACGCUGUAAAAUCUCCACCUCCUCAAGAUUCAGGCUACGCAAGCGGACCAAACAACCCCUUCGAGAGUGCUUUCCAAUCUCACUUUCCCAUCAAUCCGCAAUUAUAUGCUCCGAUACAAGUUUCUGGACUGCAGCAAUGUUAUACACCCGUCUACGGGUACGCCCCACCGCAAAAGAGACAAGCAAGACCUCAAUUACGCCAGCAACAGUCCAUGCCUGUCUUGCCAUCCAGAUAUCAACACACCGACUCCUACGAGAGUCUCGACGCACACAUAAGCAAAUUGUCCAUGGACGCAGGCAUCAACACUCUAACUGGCUACUGCGAUGUUGAUUCCAUGCUUGCUGCCGCCCACGGCAACACCUGCACAACACAGACCGAGCGUUUUCAAAGCUUUGCCUCUCAACACACGUCUCCAGUUCGCAGCCCUAGGUCCAUGAAGACAUACCCUCUGACACCACCUCCUCUCAUCAGAGAACCUGCUUUUCCGGAGAUUGAGACAUCUCCCGUCCUUAGUGACGGGUUUUCUGGUUCUCCGACUAGAGUCAACAGGGGUCGUCAUCGUGGCCGCUCCACUCACUCGGAUAUAGAGCGGAGGUAUCGCCAUAACCUCGUCUCUCAAUUCCAGAAACUUGCCAGCACGGUUCCAAAUACUGCAACACAGCAGCCAGCACGCGCUGGCCAGACUCCAAAGCCGAGUAAAGCGGAGGUGCUACUUGCUGCUUGUGAUUAUAUCAGGCAGCUGGAAAAGGAAGUUGGGCAACUACGAAAUGCUAUCGGGUGCGAUUUGAGUCCGAGACGGAAAGCACUGGCGACCUAG